AAAAAAAAGAUGGCUGCGCCGUGUAGAAUGAUGGCGAGUCGGUCUCUCUUACAGUUUCUGUCUUGUUUUAGCCGGACAGCGGUCGGAAACGCAGGAUUUCGUCAGUUUUCCAGCACGUCUGUUUGUCGGGCGGCUUUACAGUCGCAGUGUGUGACGGAAAGACCAGCUUCUCCGUGGACUUUGAUGGCAGCCGUGUGUCUGCAGAGGCUUCCGGUCAUUUCAGCGGACCUAAGCCCGAUAGAGCAGCAGUUCAAAGACAUCAUGUACCAGAUGGAGCUGGAGAAGAGCGUGCUGUCGGACCACGAGCUGCGGCUGCUGGAGGACGCUGACAGGUUGAGUCGUAAGCAGGCGGACGACUAUGACUCAGAUGAGGAGGACGUCAAGGACCAGGAGAUCAUAUUGGCUCAGGACCUGGAAGACUCGUGGGAGCAGAAGCUGAGGAAGUUCCAGCCAGAGCCGAGGGCCAAAGCUGAUGUAGAUAAGGACUUGACCUCAUUGGAGCGCUGCCUGUCCAACACGCUGCUUCUUCUGGCCGAGCAGCAGGUCGGGAGUGAGAAGAUGUGGUUGCUGCCUCAGACUCAGUGGCAGGAAGGAGAAACGCUGCGGCAGACAGCUGAGAGAGCCCUCGCUUCCCUGCCAGCAGCUGGUUUCAAGGCGACUUUCCUCGGAAAUGCCCCCUGCGGAGUGUACAAGUACAAACUGCCCAAGGCUCUUCGGACGGUGAGCUCGGUUGGAAGAAAGGUGUUCUUCUUCAAAGCCAUUUUGUCAGAAAGCAGUCCCCCCGCUGCCCCAAACGCUCCCAUUCUAUGGGUGAAGAAAAGUGAACUGCAGCGCUACCUGAAACCAGCGUACAUGAUGCAGGUGGAGCGCUUGUUCCUCAGCCUGUGAUGAACACAGCGCCGGGACACUGACUUACAGAACAAUAUUUAUGAGGCCCAGAGAGUUAACCAUGUCACUUAUCUGUUGUCUUGUAUCAUAGAAUGUUCCUUCAUUCAUGUAUGUGUUUAAUUGUAUGAAUAAAUUGUUUU